UAGUAUUCGUUUGACUUUGACAGUUCCUUUUAAAAACAAUGACUAAGUUACUCAAUGCAAAUAUGAAUUACGUGAUACAAAUCCUAUGAGUACUUUGAAGGUCUUCUAGUGCAUUGUAACUGAGUGAAAUGGCUAAAUUAAAUGUUGAUACAAAUUCAAGUUUAAAUAGUAUUGUGAACAGUGGUUUUGAUAUAAUUUGUACUGAUUCUACAAUAAAGUUGGGAAAGAUUAAAAGAAACUUGGUGCAUUUUAAAACACUUAGAUCAGAAUUGUAGAUAUCGAAAAGGUGUAGCCUAUUUUUAGCAAGUUGCAAGGGAUAUAUAAAAAAGCAAUGGUAUCAAACAGAUUUUUAGAGGAUUGCCCCUCUGCUUUGAUGGGUAUACAAAGCAUGGUCGAUCCAAAAGAACAUUUUAUUCAAGCUUCCAGCUGUUUGAGCAUGGUGCCCCAAACACUGGCAACAGCUUUAGAAAAGUUCCUAUACAUAAUUAAUUCUGUGCAUUGUAAGGAAGGUCAAGUGGUUAGUGAAUGUAAAGCUUGUUAUAGGGAGAGUCCUAAGAAAUGUUACACAAAAGAUUUCUACAAAAUUAUGAAACCCAAGAAGGAUCAUAAUAUAAAAGCGAUAUCCACUUUAUAUUUUCAAUCUGGCAGUAGUUAUGGAAUGGGUUUUGACAAAAACCAUAUUGAUAAAGGGAAAGGUUGUUAUGAAAAACAAGAAUUUAGCUUAAUUACUAAAAUGGCAUCAUUAAAAACCCAUCUGCCCCUAGAUUGUACAACUAAAUUGUGCUUACAUAAAUUCUUUUUAAGAGACAAUAUGGUACAUCAAAUUAGAGAUGUUAAAACCUCUUUGGGAAACAGUGCUUGCAGGAGUUCUGAGAUACUACUUGCUAAAAUAGUUGAAUUUUAUGUAAAAUGUACUCUAAAUAGCUCAGAUGAGUUAGCAUUUAUUGACAGAAGAUACUUAUCAGUUAGUUGGACUACAAUAAGGUGUGAUAAUCAAAAGUCCCUUAAUAAAAAUGGGAGUGAAAUAAAUAAUAAUAAGAAAGACUGGAAAGAGACUGAUGGGCUGAUUGUAGCUAACGGAAACUGUAAAAAGUGUAUAGUUAUUAAUAUAACUAAAAUUGAACAACCUAGAAGCUGUUUAAAGAGAGGAAGUAGUAGAGGAAGGGAUAUAAAUGAUGUUGAGCUUGACAUUACAAAGCCCAAGAAAAAUAUAAAAAAACCAGAGAAAAGGGUUAAAUUUGCCCCUCCCAAUCAAUUAUGUGAAGUUCAUCCAAUGAUAAAGUGGUCCUAUGCAUAUCAAGCAGCCAGAAAAGGGCCAUGGGAAAUGCAUGCACGAGAUAGGGACAGGUUUCGUUGGAGAAUAUUCAGGGUGGAACAAGACAUCAAGUAUAUUUUUGACCAGGAGCACAGAAACAAAAUUUACAAUGAAAGGUUUCGGAAUGUUUGAAACUAAUUUUAAUGUUAUUAUUUACUCUUCUUCUUAUAUUUCUGUAUUUAUUAUAUUUUUGGUGUUAAUUAUAAUGCGUUAUUCUGAAGAGACAAUAUAUUUUGUAUAUAUAAUAUAA